AUGAGACCGACCCCCUUGAGAAACUUUUUCUGGCAUCUGGGUUCCAAAAAUCUCAACUUUGCAAAUGGAAAAGUAAGAUCAUUGUUCCAAUCAGCCACUGUUGAGAGGCAAGGUGUGGUAAGUGAUGCUGUGGAUGGAUCCUUAAUUGAAGAGCAGACAUCUUCAUGUGGAAGAUUAUCAGAAGACAUGCCUAAGCAUAGUAACAUUUCUGAUAUGUUAGUUGAUUCGUUUGGUCGGCAGCAUACCUAUUUAAGGAUCUCGUUAACUGAACGUUGCAAUUUACGGUGUCAGUACUGUAUGCCAGCUGAGGGGGUAGAACUUACACCCAACUCUAAUCUUUUAUCACAGAAUGAAAUUCUGCGUCUGGCAAAUCUUUUCGUCAGUUCUGGAGUUAACAAGAUUAGGUUGACUGGUGGAGAGCCUACUAUCAGAAAGGAUAUUGAAGAUAUUUGCUUACAGUUGUCAAGCCUAAAGGGGCUUAAAACCUUGGCCAUGACCACAAAUGGAAUUACUCUAGGAAGGAAACUUCCAAAACUGAAAGAGUGUGGACUGAAUUUACUGAAUAUUAGUUUAGAUACGUUGGUACCUGCAAAGUUUGAGUUCAUGACUAGGCGUAAAGGACAUGAAAGGGUAAUGGAAUCAAUUAAUUCAGCUGUUGACUUGGGAUACAAUCCUGUCAAGGUGAAUUGUGUUGUAAUGCGUGGUUUCAAUGAUGAUGAGAUAUCUGAUUUUGUAGAGUUGACACGUGACAAGCCAAUAAAUGUGCGCUUCAUUGAGUUUAUGCCUUUUGAUGGAAAUGUUUGGAAUGUCAAGAAACUAGUGCCAUACGCUGAAAUGUUGGACAGAGUGGUUAAACAAUUUACAGGAGUUCAGAGGAUCCAAGAUCAUCCCACUGAAACUGCAAAGAAUUUCCGGAUAGAAGGCCAUCAGGGUACAGUUUCUUUUAUUACAUCAAUGACUGAGCACUUUUGUGCUGGUUGCAACAGGCUGAGACUUCUAGCUGAUGGGAAUUUCAAAGUAUGUCUUUUUGGACCCUCAGAGGUUAGCUUGAGGGAUCCACUUCGUAGUGGUGUUGAUGACAAUGAGCUCAUUAAGAUUAUUGGGGCUGCGGUUAAGAGGAAGAAAGCUUCUCAUGCUGGCAUGUUUGACUUAGCAAAAACGCCAAAUAGACCAAUGAUUCAUAUUGGCGGCUAAGAAUUGAUUCAAGAGAAGUAUUGGUAAGGCUGUAUACAUCUUGACCCCCCAGAACCCAACCGAGUUGGGAAUAUAUUGGAUUAAGAUGACGAUUUGUCGAUAUCCAUAUAGCCAAUUUCACAAAACACAGGCUUACUUGCUGUAUCUUCUUGUCCUUUGUGGAAUCUUGGAGUUCUAACUGCCUAACGGAGAUGAAUAUUGUGGUAUCUCAGCCUCCAUUCAACUCGACGAAGUGAUUGACAGUUCAACACAUGAUGUGAAAGAAAUAGCAUAGAACAGAAAAAAGAGAGGCAAACAAGAUUGAAACGUAUGUGAUGUUGUAAAGUAAGCAACAGAAGGCAAUAACCGUCUGUUCAGUUUUGUGUCGUUUCAGGUAACAUGAGAUAUUUCUGUCAUCUAUAGGAGAUUAAUGCUACGGUUUAAAAGAGUUUUACGGUUGAUUUGUUGUCUGUACGCUAUACUUCAAAUUCGUUUUACAAAUGUAUUACAUCUUUCCUGGAAAGGAGGACAUAUUUGAUCAGUGCAAUGCUGUUGUGCUGUAAAUGAUGUAAAGUUUUCUGUUUGUGAGAUAUGCUGAGAUAUGCUCUCACAUAUAUUUGGCUUCAUGUUUUGUGGAUAUUUCAUUCUUUUGUAUGAACCCUUUUGUAUAAUAUGCAAGUGUAGAUUGGGAAGUAAAUUUGACUUCCCUCCACUCUAGUCUCCCUGGCAGACAACCUGUAACUUGGAUAUCUGAAUUCACUGUUCCUUUUAUUGCGUACCAAUCAUGAUUUAAUUUCCCCAGCG